AUGGCAGAGAUUCAAGAUUACACCAAGGCCCUGGAAGUCCUUCAGGAGUAUCCUUCGCGCGAUGGCCUCCACGUCGACACUCUCCUCGACUCAGACAAGCGCGGGGCAUUGACUUACAAUGACUUUCUCAUCUUGCCGGGAUACAUUUCUUCGCCGGCAUCCGACGUCGUGUUGGAUACAAAAGUGACCAGACGAUUCACCCUGAAAGUACCCCUCCUGUCUUCCCCGAUGGACACCGUGACCGAACAUAACAUGGCAAUUCACAUGGCUCUUCUCGGGGGUCUCGGUGUUAUCCACAACAACUGCUCACCAGAUGAGCAGGCUGAGAUGGUUGAGAAGGUGAAGCGGUAUGAGAACGGCUUUAUCCUAGACCCUGUCGUGCUUUCUCCCCACGCGACCGUCAAGGAUGCGAAACAGCUAAAAGCAAAAUGGGGAUUCGGGGGUUUUCCAGUGACUGAAAAAGGCACACUCCACUCAAAGCUCCUCGGAAUUGUUACAAGCAGAGAUGUCCAGUUUCAUCGGCAGAAUCAAGACCCUGUUACAGCUGUCAUGUCGAGAGAACUUGUCACUGCGCCCGCAGGCACAACACUCAUCGAGGCAAACGAUAUUCUCUGCAGCUCGAAGAAGGGAAAGCUUCCGAUCGUGGACAAAGACGGUCGAUUGAUCGCCCUGCUUUCGCGGAGCGAUCUGAAGAAGAACAUUCACUAUCCACUAGCAUCAAAGACCCAAUCCAAACAGCUUCUCUGCGCGGCUGCUAUUAGCACCCACGACGCAGACAAAACCCGAUUGCAAAAGCUUGUGGAUUCCGGCCUCGAUAUUGUUGUCGUUGACAGCAGCCAGGGAAAUAGCAAGUACCAGACCAAUAUAAUCAAAUACAUCAAGCAGACAUUCCCCAAGCUUGACGUCAUCGGAGGUAAUAUUGUGACUCGUGAACAGGCUGCGGUACUUAUUGCUGCCGGUGUCGACGGACUGAGGAUUGGAAUGGGUAGUGGCAGUGCCUGCAUCACGCAAGAGGUCAUGGCUGUUGGCCGCCCCCAGGCUGCGGCCGUCCGAAGUGUAUCUUCAUUCGCCGCUCGAUUCGGUGUUCCUACCAUCGCCGAUGGCGGAGUUCAGAACCUGGGACAUAUCGUGAAGGGCCUUGCAUUGGGCGCUUCGGCGGUGAUGAUGGGGAGUUUGCUUGCCGGAACGACUGAGUCUCCAGGUGAAUAUUUCGUCAGCAAUGAUGGACAAUUGGUGAAGACUUUUCGUGGAAUGGGGAGCAUUGCAGUAAUGGAGGACAAAGGGGAGAGCGGCGCGAAUGCUGGUGCUGCGCGAUACUUUUCAGAGAAUGACAAAGUGAAGGUCGCGCAGGGUGUGGCGGGCUCAGUCAUUGACCGCGGCUCGAUCACCCAGUAUGUGCCCUAUCUUGUGGCUGGCGUGCAGCAUUCCUUGCAGGACAUCGGUAUGGUAAGCCUCGAGGCUCUUCACGCUGGGGUGGAUCUUGGAAACGUGAGGUUUGAGAUGAGAAGUGCAAGCGCACAGGCAGAGGGGAAUGUGCAUGGCCUGUAUAGCCACGAGAAAAAGCUGUACUCCUCUUGA